GUUUGACCUGCGCGGUGAGAUCUUGUUACUGGGAAUGCUAGCUUUGAGCUUUGAUAGCGAUGAUUUUCCGCAUCCAGAUGGAACUCCGCACCUUAUAGCCCGGAACCCGCGAGGCUACGGCACCUUUUCCCUUGCUGACUGCGGAGAAUAAUCUAUCACCGCUUUCAGUGGAGCGAUGAAACAAUGCUGCCAGCCCCAAUUGCGUGUUGUUACCAAACAAGUUCUUCGAGUAGAACACUCUGACAGAUGCUCUACUACAAUAUAAUUCCCCGACGGGGGCUAGCAAUCCGCUAGCUAAAACCCUUGCUGUCGCCCCUUUUCAAUGGAGCUUACUAUGUAUAGCUCCUCCCACUGUUUGUCAAGUUGAUUCUGCGUGUCUGGGUUAAUAUAAUGAAUGACUGAAAGCAUGAAGAGCUAUGGUUGCUUUCAGCUUUCUCUAGCUUAUAUAUUAAACUAUUUGACUGCUGUAUCACCGAACAGCGACUUCUUUCUCCCCACAAUGCACUCUUUACUUAUGUUCUUUAUAUUGUACCAUUUGACUGCUACUACGGAGUACAGCAUAGAGCAGUGAUUUCUUUCGAAUUUCGACACUCAUUAAUUUUCCUUAUCUUCUUAGCCUUCUUUCCUUAACACUUCUUUCGCUUCUGAGCGGCGAAUUAUUUCCCCCACAGAAAUGGGCGCCACCAUUACGAAUGACAAGCUGGUUCCAGCAAUUGGAGACCAGGGAAUUGACGGAAACAUGAGUAUUCUAAGUUUUAACAACUCUGAACUCGCUGACGAAGGGGAUGUCGAACUUCUCGCGACAAUGGGUUAUAAACAGGAACUUCGACGUCAAUAUUCCUCAAUUCAUAUGUUUGCCAUUGCUUUUAGCGUUAUGGGCCUUUUACCAUCAAUUGCAGCAUCCUUGACUUUCUCAAUGCCCGCGGGGCCUGCUGGUAUGGUUUGGGGUUGGCUUACUGCAAGCGGCUUUAUUUUUAUCGUUGGUCUCGCAAUAGCUGAUCUCGCAUCUUCACUCCCUACAUCUGGCGGGUUGUACUGGUGGACACAUUAUUUUGCAAAAGAGAAGUUUAAAAACCCUCUAAGCUUUCUUGUCGGAUAUAGCGGUACAAUUGGGCUUGUUGGAGGAACAUGUUCAGUUGACUAUGGAUUUGCUUUGAUGAUCUUAUCAAUUCCAUCCAUUGCUUCAAACGGUGAAUGGACUGCGUCCUCUCCUGUUGUAUUUGGAGUCUUUGUAGGGUGUGUAAUCACCCAUGCAAUUCUGGCAACAUUUGCUGCCAAGAACAUGCACAAGAUUCAGACUGCCUUUAUUGUGGCUAAUGUGUUGCUGGUUAUGGCCACUGUGAUUUUAUUACCAAUUGGUAAAUCCAGAACUGGGCAAGGUCUGAACUCUAAGGAUUAUGUGUUUUUCCAUCAGGAUAAUUUUACCACUUGGCCCUCUGGCUGGACAUUCAUGCUUGCUUGGUUGUCUCCUAUCUGGUCAAUUGGAGGUGUUGAUUCCUGUGUCUAUAUGAGUGAAGAGGCAAUGGAUGCACCAAAGGCAGUUCCUCGCGGUAUCUUAGGAUCUAUUGCAGCGUGCUGGGUUCUUGGGUUUAUCUCCAUCUGUGUAAUUGCAGCAUGUAUGAAUCCAGACAUUGGAAGUCUAUUACAGAGUCCUUUUGGACAACCAAUGGCCCAGAUUUAUUAUGAUGCUCUCGGAAAAAGCGGCGCGAUUGCUUUUAUGGUGCUUAUGGCAUGCCUGCAGUAUUUCAUGGGAUUGAGUCUGCUCCUGGCUGCAUCCCGACAAAGUUGGGCAUUCGCUCGAGAUGGCGCACUCCCCUUCUCCACUUUUUUCCGCGUCGUUAGUACGAGAAUUCAUUUUCAACCUGUGCGAACUGUCUGGGGGUGUGCGGGAUCCGCGAUCGCCGUUGGUCUCCUCUGCUUGAUCCAUCCCACCGCUGCAAAAGCCCUCUUUUCUCUUGGUGUCGCCGCAAAUGACCUAGCCUGGGCCAUAGCGAUUUUUUGCCGUGUUGCUUGGGGUCGAAAGAAAUUCACACCAGGCCCAUUUUACACUGGCCGACUGAGCACACCGAUUGCUAUCGCCGCGCUGAUCUAUCUGGCAUUCGCCAUCUCGCUCUGCAUGUUCCCCACACAAGGGCCACACCCAACAGCGGAAACCAUGAACUACACUGUGGUGGUCAACGUAACUAUUUGGGGAGGUGCUCUGUUAUAUUAUUUCCUCUUCGCAAGAAAAUGGUUCAAUGGACCCAAGACGACUUUGAAUUAAAUGCAGGAUUAUGUCCUCCACAAAAAGAAAAUGAACGGGAAACCUGACGCCCCCUGCGAUGCUCGGGAGUUGACAUAACACAUAUUGUUUUCCCAAUCGAAUCUGCCCACUACAGAGUCAGUUGCCGGACAGCUAGACAGAGAGGGUUAAGGUCCUCUCAACACACCACCUAUGAGAAGAUUGAUUUUCUGCGAAACGUCGCGGAACUACCACCGUGUUGUUGAAUACAGGCUACAUAACAGCUACAGUUUGUUGACACAUCCCAACCCACAAGAAUGGAGUCAUGUCUGCUGGCGGUAGUGAGGGGCUUUGGUAGAAAUGGUUUGUCUUAUCGGGUGCGGGCACCCACUGAAUCUCUACUUAAAAGAAGUGGAGAUUUCGGGCCGCUGAAUUAGAUUUUGAUUUAUAGGCGCUUUGCAGCAAAGGUAUUAGAAAUAUUGGGGCGUAUGGUUUAUUUAAUUGAUAUUUAUUUGUGUAUAUAGUUCUCUUAACAGUGUUCUAUACAUCUUUUUAAUAUUUAUAGACUUUGCUAGAUUUCUUCUAAAGUUAUUCACUGUAGUUAUCUCUUUUAUUAAUACUACUAAUAAAUAUUCAAAGCCAA